UUAUCUCGAACACCCUGUCGUGAAGGACGGCCUGACCCGUAUUGCCGAUUCUGACACUCUCGUAUCAUCACAAGUCAAACAAACCCUGCUUUAUGAGACCAUACGCCACACAGACACUGUCGAAACGAAGCCGCCGAGAAGUGUGUCACAGAGCUACCGCAAGAGAAACACUAGGAUUCCGGGAGGCUUUCCGGAUAUGGAAUCGAAAGCUAUUGACAAAGUGAACAGCUGUUUCGACGUUUUUAUUUUUCGCCGGCCCAUAUCCCGUUUCCUACAAACUUGCAGUUCGAUCAGCACGGUUGCAUCCCUAAUCGCCCUGGAAUCGAGCAUCAUUUAAGGUUUAAGGCUUUUCUGGUAGACGCAAUCAAUAAAGAUCCGCAAAUAGAAUGAUUAGAAUGAUGUCGCUGCUCAUUCACAAGAAGUCUGUCUGGCGAAAUAUUCUGGCCCACCUGUGUCAACAAUGGUGCUCGAAUUCGCCAUACCCCAUGCACGAAACUCCAGCACCGUGGCGUUAUUGUUAGGUGAUACACGGUACGACCUGACGGGGCAGGACAAUGCCGGUCAGUGGGAGCUUUCGCAGUUUGUUCGCGUGUGUGGCGUUGCUCUGUACCGUUGGUUUCGGUGCUGAAGAGCAGCGAUCGGGGCGCAUUGUUGGAGGACGCAAUGCGGACAUCAAAGAUCAUCCGCAUAUGCUGCUGCUGCGCAAAAAUGGAUACGCUACUUGUGGGGCGGUGGUGAUAGGCGCCAAGUAUGCUCUCACGGCCGCCCACUGUGUGUAUCCGGCGUCGAACACAAGCACGAUUUCUUUACAUGGCGGUAGUACAACACAAACCGGACCGAGCGUACAGUUCGCCGUGGAACGCUUUAUGGUGCAUCCCAAGUACUCGGAAAGUGGCAACGACAAUGAUAUAGCGAUCAUAGAGAUUAGCGACGAGUUUAGUGACUAUCGGAAUGUGCAACCUAUCGCGCUCCAGGACAUCGAACCGUCGACCUUGGCUGGGGCUUGUAACGUUACCGGUUGGGGUGUUACCAACACCAGAACGUACGCCGUAUCGAACACACUGCAAGUUGGCACACUACAGCUCAUCUCACCGAGAACCUGUCGGCUACAGUGGCAUCCCAGUACCGUCACCGUGAACAUGAUCUGCGCGCGAGGUGAAGCUGCUGAUGCGUGUGCGGGAGACAGUGGCGGGCCGCUGGUUUGUGGCGAUCGGUUGUACGGUCUCGUGUCUUGGGGUACGAUGCGCUGUGAUAGAACCAAGCCUGCGGUGUUCACCAAAAUAUUUGCUAGCGGCAUACGAGCAUUUAUCAAGGUCAAUAGUGGCAUUUAAUACACGGUGUGCAGA